UCGUAUGUGUAUCAUUAUUCAUCAAAUGCUGCUGAUGUCAUGUGAUGUGUGUUUCUUUGUCCACACCAAACUCGAACACGGCACACAGAGGUCACCGCCCGCCGCCACGGCGCACACAAAACUUCACUUUCUAUCAUCGAUCUGCCAUCCAUCCAUCAGUCGACAAACCAUUCAUAAACGCACACACCACACGCAGUACUCACUGGAAUGAACACAAUUCAUCCAUUUGGUCACGGGGGCAGACACAGCCAGUCUGGCACUGGCAGACAGGCCAUCCAGCCAUGGAAACUUACACACGCAGCUGGCUGGUUGUGUGCAUUUAAGGCCACCCCGCCCCGCCCCACCCACCCCGCCCCACCCAAUUCCAUACCAUCCGACGCAAUGCAACAUGUCCAUCGGCACCGAGCAAAAAAAUGUCUAACGUCACUCACGCAGGUAUCUGACCCACCCUGAGUCACUCAAUCCCUCAUGAGUCGACUGACAGUAGCUGCACGUCAAACACCAGAUCGGCAUUGGCCGGGAUGACGGGCGGGUGGCCGGCUUUGCCAUACCUGCACAGACAAACAGACAGACAGACAGACAGACCCAGACACCCGUUUGGCGGUCGGCCAGUUGGUCUCUGCUGCGUGUAUGUGUAUGUGUGUGUGUGUGUGUGUGUGUGUUCCGUACGCUAAUCGUGAAGGGAUCCAGAGCCGUCGCCUCUCGCCUAUGAACAUGCCCUUGACCCCGCUAUCCACCCCCUUCAGCACCUCAUUGCACCCUGCACCAACACACGCACACAUCACACAUGCAGUGGAGAUGCGGUGCGUGUGUGUAGGUAGGUACCUAGUCUGAAGUCUGUGGUGCCGCCAUCGAAUUUCUUGCCGCCGAUGUUGCCCACAUAGCCCAUGAAGCGGAUCUUGACCUUGUUGCCCGCCCUGGCCAUCUACACACACAACAUAAACACAACACACACAGCGAUGAUGCGAUGCCACCCGCAGCACGACACGAUGGCCGGGCCGCCACCCAUCCAGUGUGUGUGUGUGGUGACCUUGUGUCGUCCGCUCCUGAGCACUUCGUACGAGACGCCGCUGAGGAGCGCCCUGCGCACACCCUGGCCGAAGCCCUCAUCGGCCUCCAGCGGAUAGACUGAGCGAACGAACCACACGAGGACGACAGACAGACAGACAGACAGACAGGCAGGGGCAGAGCGUGGGGGAGGGCCUCUCUUCGCAUGUCUGUGCGGCUGCCUGCACGUACUGCUGAGCUCUGGUUUGAUGUGCACUCGUGGUGCGGCCUUGGGUGCCGCCGCCGAGGCCGAGGCCGAGGCCGAGGCCGAGGCCGCUGCUGCUGCUGCUGCACACAACACAUCAAACAAAACAAGAGCAACGAGCAGGCAGAAUUGUAUGGGUACACAGACGUGCCUGCCGCAGCUCUUGUCGUCUGCGGCUGGAUGGUACCUCGCGGCCUUUCCUCCUCCGAUUCGUCCUCUUCCUCGUCGUCAUCGUCCUCGUCAUCAUCGCUAUCCUUGUUGUCUUCUUCCUCCUCGUCCAUGGCAGGUGGCUUGGCCUUGGCCUUGGCCUUGGCCUUGGGGGCAGCUGCCCGCCACACACACAACGUAGUCAGUCAGUGUGGACCGAAAGCGCACAUGUGGACUGACUGGUCUGCUGCUGUUCCCUCCCUGUGCCUACCUUCCAUCUCGUCAUCCUCAUCUGCACAGCCAGUCAGUCAAACCGAGGCGACACACAGCCAGUGUAGUGGGUGAGGCGGUGCUCUCGCAGGUGUGUCGGUGUGGUGUGCUGUGGUGUGGUGUGCUUACCCUCUUCCUCGUCUUCGUCCUCGUCGCUGUCGAUGACCAUGGCGGUAGGAGGCUUCGGCUUGGCCUUGGGGACCGCAGCUGCACACACACACACACACAUAUACACUCACACAGGUGAGUGGGAUGGUGUUCGGUGCUCCCACUGAUGGUGUGCGCACGCGCGACUUACGUGCGCUCUCCUCUUCUUCCUCGUCGUCGUCAUUCUCGUCCUCGUCUUCAUCGCUGUCCACCACGACAGGGCGACCUCUGGCAGCGAGCGGCGCCGUCUUGGGUUUGGGUUUGGGUUUGGCCCUGCCCUUGGCGCGGGCAAUACGCUCUGAUGAGAGAAACAGCAGGGCAGUGCAGUGCAAGACAAGGCAGACAGAGUGUAUGUGUGUCUGUCUGGUGUGUACGUGUGUGUGUGUGUGUGUGUCUGUGUUACCGUCUUCCUCCGAGUCGUCCUCGUCAUCUUCCUCCUCCUCUUCGCUGUCCUCCUCCAUGGCAUCCUGGACAGUCAGCACAGUGAGGUGACGUGUGUAUAGUGCGGUGUGGUGGAGUGGGUAGGCUGGUGGGUGGGAAGAGGUUGGCUCACUCACGUGUUCCUUCUUGACGCGCACUGGCCCCCACUCCGACACAACCUCCACACCCGGACCCUGGCCCUGGUCGUCGUCAUCAUCCUCAUCCAUCUCGUCCUCGUCUUCAUCCUCAUCUGCCAGCCAAGAACACAACACACACAUUGACACCCACAACCAAGUGCCAGUGCUGCUGGUGUGGCUGCCUCUCUGCAGGGUGUGGUGUGCGCCUCUCUCUGGCUCACCAUCGUCGUCGUCGUCGUCUUGUCGAUUUUCCUGUUUGAUGCCCAGGAUCAUCCGCUCCUCGAUCACAGCUGCCUCUGCGUUGGUGAUCUGCUCUCGCUUGGUGGGGGGCGCGUCGCGUACGACGCUGCAGCGACGACAGGCAGGCAGGCAGACACGGGGAAAGCGGUGAUGGGUGCGGUAUGGCAUAGCUCUCUCUCUUUGUCGGUGUGUUGUUCUGUGCGCACGUCUCCAUGCAUCCCAGCAGGUCGAUUUGGGUGUCGGCCGAGGGACCCUCACACGUCAACUCCAUCUUCUCUGCACCACACACACACACAGCCGACAUGUGUGUCCAUGUCACUCCAUCGCGCUGCUCUGGGGUGUGCGAGUGCCAGCCGCACCGCCGCUCGCUACAGAGAUGCAUGUGGCCAUAGGCUGGUCUUUGGUGAGCGUCAGGACACGCAUGAAGGGGUCGCCUGUCUCUGCCCUGAGCAGCAGGGUGCCGCGCGAACCCUUCUUGAGGCAUGCAUGCCUGACACAGAGAUCCAGCAACCACAGCCACGACCACAGUGUCACGCGUCUGUGCUGUGAGCAAGCACGGCAGCAUCUGUGGCUUCGCUCACUUGAUGGCGAGGUUUCGUCCGUUGAAGGUGUGGAUGUUGCGCUUGCCCUUCUGGACGUUGUCGGCUGCACACACACACCAACCAACGAGGCAUGCACCAUUGUGUGGAUGCGUCGUCAUCCAUCUUGCUGACCCCAAAACGCCUUCGGCAUUUUGACAACCCCCGGUAAGGAACGCAAGAGAGCGGUUUCACGGAAUGCAGCUGCAGCGGUUUCAGGCAGCACCCUAGAUGGCCUGACGGCCAAAUCCCCUGUCGGUCUGUCCAACAUGAAACAGGCACCCUAACAUGCAACCCGGACACGCAACACGCAGCACGCAGAGGGCAGAUGCAGCAGAGAGGAGGAUAUGCAAUGCGCUGCGAACGACGGCCACAUACAAGCAGGCACACAGCGUCGCACACACGCCACCCCAGCAGCAGCUUGAAGGCGGCGUGCGUGCGUGCGUCAGGCACCAUGACUCCAUACGUAGAUACCGCCCAUCCCCAGGUGGCCAGCCAGUGCAGAUCGCCUAGUCAGACACAAACACGCCCUUAUAACAACCACGCACGGAGUGCUGGGGGUGCAUGAGAGCGCACCGCCGCCCUCUCCAGGGCGGAGAGGGGCGGCAGGUGGCCGACCCACAGACACCCCCAGUGCACGCCCAUACACAUAUCACCGCCGGGAUAAGUAGG